AUGAAUUCCCAUUCCUCCACCCAGACUCAAAGCAAACUCUGCCGCCUCCCUCCAGAAAUCCUAUUAGAUAUUCUGGAAGCUACUAUAGAACACUCAGACAAAGUCAGACUCGUCAGCACGUGCAGAAGACUAUAUGAUCUCCUCAUCCUAGAAGUCUACUACGAAGCGGGUAAACGGCUCAGUUGGUUGCCUAUGUUGGUAGCCGCAGAGGAUGGCAAUUGUCGCACUCUUUCUAGAUGCAUAGAAGCUGGUGCACCCAUCGAUUAUCGACCUUCGAUAUAUAGUUUCCGGCCUCUACAAGCAGCUAUCACGCUCUCUAGGCCUCUCACCGUCAAGUGGCUUCUUGACCAUGGGGCAAGCCCGAAUCAUAUGAGAUGUGAUGAUGGAGCCUGUGAAGCUUCAUGUCCUCUUGCACAGGCCAUUGAAUAUGCUGUAAGACCAGGAAUGUCCACCAAUCAUAUACCUCGUCGAUGGGAACGCCAAGGCAUCAAGAUUCCAUGCUACAAGCGUCAUGUGCGUAAUAGUCGCGAGAUAAUCAAGGCCCUCCGCCAAGCGGGUGCCGACGAGCAGCCUCUUGGAGAUCUUGACCGAAGACAUCUAGAUUCUAUUGAAGCCGGAACAUUCUGCUGUCUUGAUCACAAACCCCGUCUCUGGUACCAAGCGAGGGAAAGGCACUGGUCUUGA